AUGUCGGUGCCUCCUCCCGCCGCCGAAACUGAGGCUGAGGCCGAACCCGGGGAUAGGGCCGGUGGGAAGCCAGAGGAGGCGGGGGCUCAUCCAAGCCAGGGCCCGGGGCCGCCGGACUCGGGCUAUGUGCUGGGUUUGGACGUGGGCAGCUCCGUGAUCCGCGGCCACGUCUAUGACCGGGCCGCUCGGGUCCUCGGCUCCAGUAGCCACGAGGUAGAAGUGAUUUAUCCUCGUAAUGGCUGGGUUGAAAUAAAUCCCGAAGUUCUUUGGAGUCAAUUUAUUGCUGUAAUAAAAGAAGCUGUACAAGCUGCAGGAAUACAAAUGCAUCAGAUUGUUGGCCUUGGAAUCUCAACACAGAGAGCAACUUUCAUUACUUGGGACAAGAAAACAGGAAAUCAUUUUCACAACUUCAUAAGUUGGCAAGACCUAAGAGCAGCUGAGCUUGUGAAAUCCUGGAAUAAUUCUAUUCUGUUGAAGAUAGUACAGCAUACCUGCAAAAUACUUCACCUUUUCACUCGAAGUAAACGACUUUUAGGUGCCAGUUUAUUCAGUUUUACGACUCAGCAUGUGUCUUUGAGAUUGGUCUGGGUUUUACAGAACUUGACUGAGGUGCAAAAAGCAGUUGCAGAAGGAAAUUGUUGCUUUGGGACCAUUGAUACUUGGCUAUUGUAUCGGCUCACAAAAGGUUCUGAAUAUGCCACAGACUUUUCAAAUGCUAGUACAACUGGAAUUUUUGACCCAUAUCAGAUGUGUUGGAGUGGGAUCCUUACUUCCCUGCUUUCUAUACCAGUUUCCCUCCUGCCUCCUGUUAAAGACACAAGUCACAACUUUGGAUUCGUGGAUGAAGAAAUACUUGGAGCACCUAUACCAGUUGUGGCCUUGGUAGCUGACCAACAGUCAGCCAUGUUUGGAGAGUGCUGCUUUCAGAGAGGUGAUGUAAAAUUCACUAUGGGAACAGGAACUUUUUUGGAUAUUAAUACUGGAACCAACCCUCAACAGACUGUUGGAGGUUUCUAUCCAAUAAUUGGUUGGAAGAUUGGGCCAGAAGUUGUAUGUUUGGCUGAAGGCAAUGCAGCAGACACUGGUACUGCCAUAAAAUGGGCCCAAACUUUGAAUCUUUUCACAGAUGCUGAAGAGACUGAAAAAAUGGCUAAAAGCCUGCAAGAUUCUCAAGGAGUUUAUUUUGUUCCGUCUUUUAGUGGAUUGCAGGCACCAUUAAAUGACCCUUGUGCGUGUGCCUCUUUCAUGGGUCUAAAGUCUUCCACCAACAGAUACCAUCUUGUACGAGCCAUACUGGAGUCAAUAGCUUUCAGAAAUAAACAGUUAUACGAGAUGAUGCAGAAGGAGAUCGACAUUCCUAUUACCAGAAUUCGGGCUGAUGGCGGGGUCUGUAAGAACGGCUUUGUGAUGCAGAUGACGUCGGACCUCAUUAACGAGAAGAUAGACCGGCCGGUCCAAGUGGACAUGUCUUGUCUGGGCGCUGCCUCCCUAGCCGGCCUCGCUGUGGGGUUUUGGACAGACAAAGAGGAGUUAAAUAAGCUGAGGAAAAGCGAAACAGUUUUUGAGCCCCAGAGGAAAUGGAAAGAAUAUGAACCUACUAUGGAAAAUUGGGUCAGGGCCGUAAAGCGUUCCAUGAACUGGUAUAACAAGUUAUAACACCAAAUGGGAGAAGACAA